UUAACCACACUGGUUAUUUUCAUCUCCAGUACAGCUGUGAUCUGUAAUAAAACCACAGCUUCCUCACAGAGACUGGAACUCUAGUCCAGCGAUGUUGUUGUUUAGAUUUGGGGUGGUUCUCACCCCUGAGUGCUUGGAUCUGGAGGUGUUUGUAUCAGGAUCCAGGCCUGAGAUGGGUCACUGGGACCUGGAUAAAGCGGUAAAGAUGAACCCGGCCGGUUUGGUGCUGUCCAGCUGCGCCCCCUGCCUGUGGAUCGGUGAAGUGCACCUGUCAGAGCCGUACACACACAAGUUCUGGUUCAAGUUCCUCAAGAGGAUCGACGGGAACUAUGUUUGGGAAGGUAACGGUCCUCAUUACGAUCGGGAAUGUGUGUAUGACCAGAGCAACAUGGUGGACGAGGUGUACUGUCAUCCCAUCGGCCACUGGAUUGAGGAGAGCGGCCAUACGGACGAGAUGAAGCACACAACGAACUUCUACUUCAGUGUUGCUGGACAGCAGGCCAUCCACUUCUCCAAGAUUUUUUCACGGGUUUGGCUGGGCAGUUGCCCUCGUCAGCUUGAGCAUAUCACCAUAAAGCUGAAACAUGAGCUGGGCGUCACGGCUGUCAUGAACUUCCAGAACGAGUGGGACAUCGUGAACAACUCAGACGGCUGCCGACGCGACCCUAAAGAGCCCAUGACCCCGGAGACCAUGAUGUACCUGUACAGAGACUGUGGUCUGGCCUACGUAUGGAUCCCCACUCCGGACAUGAGCACGGAGGGUCGUGUGCGGAUGCUACCUCAGGCGGUGUACCUGCUGUACGGACUGUUAGAGAACGGACACACUGUGUAUGUUCACUGUAACGCCGGGGUGGGGCGCUCCACCGCUGCCGUGUGCGGCCUGCUCAUGUACGUGCUGGGCUGGAGCCUCAGGAAGGUGCAGUACUACCUCACGGCCAGGAGGGCGGCGGUGUACAUCGACGAGGAGGCUCUGGUACGAGCGAAGGAGGACUUUCUGCUCAAGUUUGGACAUUUACGUCCCUCUGUGUGCUAUCCUGAAAUAUAAGGACACAAGUAAUAUCAAAUAAAAAUACUAC